UAUUUUCAUUCGUAACUUCUCGGGCUUUUCAUAUUAACUGAGAAGACUCUUAUUUUUUUAACAUUAUUUAACCUAGAUGGUAGAAAUUUAUGUAGGAGUCAGUGACGAGAAAUUUGACUAUUAUUAUCUACGUAAUUGAUCAACAGAGAAGGAUUAUAAUAUUCUAGCCUCUGACAGCUGAAUUGUAAGAAAACAUGGCGAUGGACUGUUGCGGACGAUUUGGAAAAGUUCUCUUGAUCGGCAUCAACAUUUUGUUCUUUCUACUUGGUAUAGGUCUACUGAUAGCGGGGAUUGUAGCCAAAGUCAAUGCUAUAGCAGACGAGGUAUUGCCCGCCCUAAACAAGGUGGAGUUGGCGGGGAACGAUCUGGGAAAUGUCCUAAACAGCGUGUCUAUCCUAGUCAUUAUUAUUGGGGCUUUCAUUGUGGUAGUUGCAGGCCUGGGCCUUUUUGGAGCCUGCUGUGAAGUCAGGUGUAUGCUAGUUACGUACGCUAUCCUGGUUUUGCUUUUGCUUCUUAUGAAGAUUGCAGCUGUCAUAUUAUGGUUCCAAAUGAGAAAAGUGUUUAAUGAGGAAACCAAGGAGGCGUUGCUGAAGUCCUUGCAGGAAAACUUUAUUGACGAUUCUUUGAACAGUACUAACGAUAUUUCCAAUGCAUGGAACUAUGCAUUUUUAACUUUUGAUUGCUGCGGUGUAAAUAGAGUACAGGGGACUACAAACGACUUUGAUCUGACCCCUUGGUGUACAACUUCCGGUGAAUGCCAACAAACAAAUGCGCAGAUCCCCAAAACCUGCUGUGUGGGAGUCACUGAAUCAAACUACAAAACGCAGGCGCCGGCAGACUGUUACGCCAGCGUCUCCAAAAACUACAAUACUCAGGGUUGUUACGAUCGAUUUCAAGAGUUGGUUCAAAGUUCAUCAGCACCGGUUAUUGGGGUUGCGAUCACCGUUAUGGUAAUUGAGCUGCUGGGCUUUGUUUUUGCCAUUGUCCUAUGUAAGCAGACAGGAUCAGAGUCUAUGGCUGUGUAGUGCUACCGCUAGGAUUUACACGACAGCAGUAAAGCCAAAACAAACUCCAGCUCACCGCUGCUGUCUAUCCACGCAAUGAUCCAGAUAUAAUGAUUUCUUAUCAGCUUAUGUAUAGCUUUGUCAAAGUAUAGGAUGUAAACAAUCAAAAUUUUAUAAUCUUAUAUCAUUCGAUAUUAAAACAUAACUUUAUAUUUUAGAAACUUAUAUUAAGUACAUGUAUAUUAUUCUUUUUAAAAUUUCCCCUAAAAUCAUGAAGUGUUAGAGGUUUUAUAUCAUAUAUAUCUUUAUUGCAUGCAUCUCAGUAAAAAAUUUGCCUUCAUUUACUAAUGAUUACCCGUAUUACUUGGAAAAAUCAUAAGAAAAAAGUUUGUCAUUUGUGAGAAAGCUUUUUGUUUUGUUCCGUUUAAAUUUGAAGAAUGUUGUCUUAUUUAAAAGACCUCAUCCCCAAGCAGGGAUUGUUUAAUUUGUGUAGCUAUUGUUUCUUGAUAUAAAUUUUGUAUUUGUCCUAGUCAUUGUUAUUGUUUUUUGUUUUAAUUGAGUUUUCUUUUUUUUUUUUUUUACAUUUUUACACAAAUAGUGAAAAUUACAAUCACCACCAACAUUUAUUUUUUACUUUUUAAAAAUAUUUGUCAAACUAAAAAAAUUCUUAUAUGAAAAUUAUGAUUUUUAUGUAUAACAUGUGCUUAAUAAGAACGUUGGUUCUUGUGUGUAGAGGUUUCGAUUUUUGUUUGGUCACUGUUUUCAUCAGGUAAAUAGUUUUGCUUGUACUUUUUUACAAUUAAAUUUUUAUAAAAUAAAAUCUUGACAAUUGUA